AUGUCUUCUCUGCAACAAAAAUUGGUAGAUGAAGAGAGCCUUCCUCAAUCAGAGCCUAAGACACACUUUAGGAAGCCUGGAUGGAAAGCCAUGCCUUACAUUCUUGGAAAUGACACAAUUGAGAGGCUAGCAACGUAUGGAAUGCAAGCAAAUUUUGUGGUGUAUUUGAUGAAAGUAUAUAACAUGGAUCAGGUUCUAUCAGCAAACAUUUUGAACACUUGGCUUGCUCUCUCCAAUAUUACUCCUCUCAUUGGAGCCUUUCUUGCUGAUGCCUACUUGGGAAAGUUUCUAACAAUUGCCCUUGCAUCCUUUGCUAGCCUUGUGGGCAUGGUUAUAGUGAUGCUAACGGCUUGGGUGCCACAAUUUCAUCCUGAACCUUGCUCCAUAGAGAAGCAGCGAAUUGGUGUGUGCUCAGGUCAAUCAAAUUUCCAAAUGAGUGUCUUAAUUUUUGGUCUGUUCUGGUUAUCUAUUGGCACUGGUGGAAUAAGGCCUUGCAGUGUUCCAUUUGCUGUCGACCAAUUUGAUUUGACCACUGCUGAAGGAAGGCAUGGAAGUAGCAGCUUCUACACUCUGUACUAUACCACACAGACAUUGGUCUUGUUGAUCAACCAAACUCUAUUGGUUUAUAUCCAGGAUUCUGUUAGUUGGACCCUCGGUUUUGCACUGCCCAAUGUGUUUAUGCUUGUUUCAAUUCUUUUGUUCUUUGCUGGCUCUAAAGUUUAUGCCUAUGUUAAACCUGUGGGAAGCAUUUUUUCUGGCAUAGUUCAAGUGCUAGUUGCAGCACAACACAAACGCCAUUUUCAUCUGCCUGCUGCUGAGGACACACAAGGAGUAUUCUAUGAUCCACCACUCCUAAAUGAUUCAGAAGGAAAGCUGCCUCCUACAAAUGAGUUUGGAUGCUUAAACAAAGCUGCUAUAGUAUUGGAGAAUGAAUUGGACAUUGAUGGAUCGAACAAAGACCCUUGGGGACUUUGUAGCAUCCAACAAGUCGAAGAGCUCAAAUGCCUGCUGAGGAUCAUGCCGAUAUUCCUAACCAGCAUCGUAGUCUACAUUCCCUUAGGACAACAAGCAAUAUUUGGAGUAUCACAAGCCAUGAAAAUGGAUAGACACUUGGGACAUAACUUUGAGAUACAUCCCGGCUCAGUAAAUGUGAUAAUGCUGCUGUCAAUAGGCAUAUUCCUCCCACUCUAUGAUCAAAUUGUUGCUCCUGCACUAGAGAAAGUAACCAAGCAAGAAGGGGGACUCACAACCCUUCAAAGAAUUGGACUUGGACAUGCUUUUGGUUUUCUAUCAAUGGUGGUUUCAGGGUUGGUGGAGAUCAAGAGGAGGGAAUUGGCCAUUUCAUCAGGUGCAUCUGAUGGGGUUGCACCCAUGUCAGUGUUGUGGCUGACUCCUCAGUUCAUGCUUUUAGCAUGCUGUCAUGUGUUUGCAACAGUUGGACACACUGAGUUUUUCAACAAUGAGUCCCCUCAGGGCAUGAGAAGUAUUGCCAAUUCCUUGCUCUGCCUCAAUGUUUCAGCUGCUAGUAACUUUAGCAGCUUCAUAGUAAACAUUGUGCAUUCUUUCACUGGGAAGCAAGGCCAAUCAGAUUGGCUUGAUGGUGACAUUAACAAGGGCAGAUUAGAGUACUUCUAUUUCGUCAUUGCUGCAUUGGGAUUGUUGAAUAUGUUAUGUUUCUUACUUUGUUCCCGUAGGUAUCAUUAUAAGGCCCUUGUGAAAAACGGAUGCUGA